AUGUUCCCAACUGGAUCUUUAACCGUCUUGGGUAUGUUAGCCACAUCCAUGUUGGCCGUAUCAGCCAUGAAAGUACAACAAUUAUCCGAUACCAAGAUCACAUUCUCCGACGGUACAGGCAGAGCCCUCUCGGGUGGUAGUGGGGAUAUAAUCAAAGCUCCAACAUCCACCUCUAACAGUUGUACCAAAGAAGGUAUCGAUUUUCAAGAUCCUGCUAAAUUCGAUUAUGUCAUCUUUGGAGAUGAUGGUGAUUCGGUCAAAUUGAAAUUAUCCUGUCAAGCUCAAUGCAAAGCCCUUUCUGACGAUCAAGCUGAAUAUACUUUCAUCAAGGACGAACCUUUCUUAAAAGGCACUCAUACAGAGAUAGGUAGAGUGUGGUGUGAUAAGGUUUUAGAAAGAGAUGAGAGUAUUUGGAAGAAAGUGGAGGAUGUCCACUUACCUGACUCUGACAAACUCUAA